AUGGAAUUCAUGGACCAGAGCUGCCCUUGGCAGUUUCAGAUAGCGCUUGCGCUGGCUAUGGUUAAGUCAAAACCCCAAGGCACGAAUGUUCGAGAUCAUAUACUGAGUCUCAGAAGCUACAUCACUGCCGGGAAAAGAGCCAGGCCUGAACCUGCUUGCCCGGAAUCUCACAUUGACAGUACCAAAUUCUGGCGUGAGGCAUACGAGAAGUCAGAAGCUGCACAGAGCAAACUCUUGGACAAAAUAUAUGAAUUGGAGCAACGCAAUGAAGCCCGUUUGUUACAGGGUAAAUGGGAUGCAACUAUUAGUAUAACGGAACAAAGCGUCCCAGGUAACUCUAAGCUUCCGUCAUCAAACCGCCCGAAAAAGAGGGCGAAAACAAUGAGUAUAGAAUCAUGGACAUGUGUUCGAUCCCCUGAUAAAAUACAGCUAAGCCACGGUUCUAGGAACCUUGAGUUUUGUGAAGACAUCACGACACCAUUAGUGCGACGUUUCCAUACGUUGAAGACUCUACUUCGGAAGAAAACAAACCCUGAGGCUAUAGCACUAGCUAUAGAAUCCGUAUGCAGAGGAGCUGAAACAGCUUUGCUUUUAGCGGUACAAGAAGAAAUAACUAAAAAGCCACCGGCAAAAGGAAGCAAGCAAACUACCAAGUUCCCCAUACAAGACAUCUCCAGAUUCCUCGAUGUUAUAUUUCCCACUAUUUUACAAGGCCUAAGCAGAACAGCGGGUCUACGUGAUGCCACCACAAGCACUAAAUCCAUUGUUUAUCACAUUGCCAAGUUAUUCCAACGAGUAAUCCUGCAAUCAUAUGAUUAUGCACUACUGGAAGCAGAUCCGGAGAAAGCAUACGAAAGGUUUCUGGCACAACCUGGUCAAAAAUCAAAAGCCAGGCCAACAAAGAAAAGGAAGAAAGCUUCUAUCAAACCCGCUCCAAAGAUCGAGAGUACGCUCGGUUGGUUUGCAAAAAUGGCAUUUACCAUGUUUGGAUCGUUAGAUCCAGCAAAACUUGAGUACAAAGACUUACUAGAAGCCCUCACAUUUGUGAUCCUAGAGCAUGUUGGAAUGAUACUCGGACUUUUCACUUUCAGAGACCUAUCAUACGAUACAGAACCAACUACUGUCAAUCCCAAAUUGGCCCUCCCAGGAUGUUUAACAGCAAGUUACAACGAUACAAGGCCUCCAGGUCCUGAUACCGCAGAAAUAGCCGCAGUCUGGAACUCGAAACAUUUAAUACAGCUUCUAAAGCAGGCGAUUUUAUAUCUGGAUGAGCACCGGAAAGUGUCCGAGCUAACAGCAGAUUCAAAAAAUGCCACACUAGAGAGAAGUUUAGCUGAAAAUGCUAAAACCAAGCUACAAAACACCCUUCUCAAAGGUGUAUUUGGCGCUGAUGAUUUUUCACUUGGGACUUCAUUGAACUUCCCUUGUGGGAUAUCUUCCAAUACUAACUGCCCGGAGCCAUCGAUCAACCCUCGGGAAUCCCCAGGAGAGUGGUUUACUCAAGAAAUCUGGACACUUCUUGGUUGGGACUCUCUCCUAGAUUGUGAAUGCCUUAUGUCAAAUGAAGUGGAACAGACGAUACCAUAA